AUGUCUCAAAUUCCGACCGCCGUCUUCCCGAGCCAAGUCCCCUACCUCGUCCCCGACUUCCGCUCGCCGUCGCCGCCCACCUCGCUGUGCAGCAGCGACCCCGGCCACGACGAGACGACCAUCUCCGAGAACGAGCUCGACGACGAUGCGCUCGCGCGCAAAGUGACGGACAUGCACGCGCUCAACGAGAUCAGCGAGGAAGAGCGCCGCGCCAAUGAGGACCCGAAGCUCCCCGUGCCGACGUCUGAAAUCGAGGAACGUCAGCUGUAUGAACGAGUGAUGGCAAAGCUCCGCGCCGCGGUAGAACAGCUAGAGGAGGACGAACGGUUCGAGCAACUCGCCACACGCGGCGCCCGGAUCGAGACGCAACCCAAACCCAUGUCGGCGAACCUCGACGUGAUCCUGCAGAGCCUGAUGGGACAGUCCGUCCCCGUGCAGCCCCAAUAUCACGCCCACAUUCAACCCACCUCUGAGAGGUUUGGUUCGCCCAACUUCUACCUGGAACCCAUUCCCCCUCCCGAAACCCCCGCUGAGCGAGCAGCACGCACUAACACGGCGGCAGCAGGGCAGCCAGCGAGACGGGCGGGACGCAGCCGCAAGUGA